UUUAAAAGACGAGGGCUUCUUUUGCUAACGACUAACGUGCGCACUUCAUCUGUUCCCUACAGAUCCCAACACCAUUGACGAGACCAGACCGGAAGCUUCAAGCUCCGAACUCCAGAUACACACAAUACAGGUGUAGUAGUUAGUUAGUGUUUCAUAUAUUCUUCACAACACACAAAUAAUUUAUUGUACAUCAACACCAAACCCUUUCUUGAAAACCCUAGAUUUUUUAUAUAUAUAUUUUUUUUGUAAGUUAGAAAAUAUCGAUAUCCUAUUUCUUAUUGGUGUACGUGUAAGAUUUCAGAUAUAUUUGAAUAUAGCAGUGGUGAUGGGAAUUGAAUCUAUUGAUUUUAUUUGGAGGUAUUAGGGUUGAUAAACAUUUUUGUGUGUGGAUGUUAUAAAGGGGGAUUGAUGGUUAUUGAGCAGAUAUUUACGAAUGAUGAGAGUUAUUUGGUUGGUAAAGGAAGUAUGGGAGUUGAAACUUUGCAUGUUAAUUCAGACAUUAAUGGUGGGUUAGUGUUAGAAGGAGAGGAGUUAUUAUCUUCAAAUAAAAUUAGGGUUGAUGAAGAUGAUGUGAAAAUGGAUAAAGAAGCUAAGAAAAAGCCAAUUCAUGUUAUAGUUGAUUCGGGUGAUGAUGAACCAAUAGGAUCUCUUUUUAAGAAGCUUAAGAACCCUAAGAAAGUUAAGGCUGGAUUAGGAGAUGUUGGAAAGGUUGGAAAGGGUGAAGCUAGGGUUCGUGUUUCUAAGCACGACGAUUCUGGUGAAAUGGAAACUACCUUGGCUAGUUUUAGGAAGAAGGUGAAAAAACCUAAAGUAGGUCAAGAUGAUAGAUCUGGGACAGGGAAAGGAAAUGGUUCUGGUUUCAGUGAUGUUGGGUUAGGCUCAAAGGAGGUGAAGGAAAGUUUGGUAUGUAGUGGUGAUGAUGCUCUAGAUUCAUCUUUGGUUGAAGAGAUUUUACAAGAUAAGCCGAAAGGGAAACGGAAGAGAUUCAGGGAUCAUGUGAUGCAGAAGAAGAAGGGAGGAGAUAAUUCUAGUUUAGAUGAUGGGUCAGAUCAGGGAUCUGGCAUGCAAAGAUUACAAGAGACAUCUGCGAUGGAAGAGAAAGAGGGGAUUUUAUGUUGUGACAAUGCUUCUGGUGAUAGGCUGGAUUCAUUAUCUGGAUUGCUUAAAAAAUCACAAACUAGUUUAGUUAAGAAACCUUUGUCUUCAAAUCCUCAGAAACAAAGGGACGGAAUUCCAUCUUCUGGUGCUGGGUUGAGCUGUAGCUCUGCAGGGGAGGAUUACAGAACUGAUAUCAAAUUCUCAGCACCCAAAAAUAUACGGUCUAGCGAUGGUUUAGUUAGCGUGCUUGCUUCUGUCCCAGAGAUUAAGAAGGAUGUUGAUGAGUUUGCUACAGAGUCUGAAGUGAUUCCUGAGGACCAUACAGUGAAGCAUGAGGGUGAGGGUUUCGGUGGAUCCUGUUAUGAUUCUAUGACACAGACAGAAGAAGCUCAUGAUCACAAAGCUUUAUUGAAGCAGCGUUUGCACGGGGAGACAAUUAAGACAUUAGAAUAUACUAGCAAGAGUACAUGUUUACGAAACACCAAUGGCGAUGAUGAUCAUUCAUCUGAAUGUGUUCUAGAAACGUGUAAAGGGACCAUUUUAGACUCUGGGGAUUGUUUGAAUCAACUUUAUGAAGAUACCAUCGAGCAACGGCAUGUUGAGAAGUUAUCUUCUAUGCACUGCCGAAGUCCAUCCGAGUUAACAGCUAAAUAUGAUCAUGUAAUACAACCUUCUGGAGAAGUUUUGGAGCAUUCCUUCUCGUGUGCCACUAAAAGUCACUUUGCGGAUUCUAUCACAGAAAAGAUGGAAAAUACCGAUAAAUUUGGGAGUAGGUUUGAUGAACAUUCUGAUCAUGAUGAAGAUUCAGGGAAGGCGCUUCAUUCUAGAAAAAAGGAUAAGAAACAACUGUCACGCAAGAUAAAAAAGCGUAGACAUGGGGACAUGGCGUAUGAGGGGGAUACUGCUUGGGAAUUUCUUUUGCACGAGCAGGGGAUUUUCGAAAAUAACCGAAUGAGUAAUGGGGAUCGGCCUUCUAAAACAAAAGACGAGUUCAGUGACCCCACAAAUGCAGUUUUACAGUCCGAUGAUGGUCGUGCAGCAGCAGUAUCGGUUGGUUUAAAAGCUUGUGCUGCUGGUCCAGUUGAGAAAAUUAAAUUCAGGGAGGUCUUAAAGCGCAGAGGUGGGCUUCAAGAAUACUUGGAAUGCAGGAAUCUGAUCUUAGGCCUGUGGAGUAAAGACAUGGGCCGCAUAUUGCCUCUUGUAGAGUGUGGUGUUCCUGAAGUUCCUUCUGAGGAGGAGCUACCGCGAAUGGCCCUUAUCCGUGAGAUCUAUGCAUUUCUGGACCAUAGAGGUUAUAUAAAUGUAGGCGUUGCUUCUGACAAGAAGGAAAGAAUGUCUGAAUCGAGAUUGCUCACUGAAGCUCUAAAAGAAACUGUAAUUGAGGAAGAAUCUGAAGCUCCCCUAGUUGAUUUGGAUAAUCAAAUUGCCCUCGAUGUUGGUCCAUUCCAGAGUUUAAAGAACCCCAUCGAGGCAAAGAAUGACGCGUUCAUCCAGCAUCAGAGUUUGGAGAACCCCAUGGAGGCAAAGAAUCACGUUUUCAUCCAGCAAGCAGAAGAAGUCCCCAAAGAUAAUAACCUUCAUGUCCUAAGCUCAGGAUCAGAAUUGUCCGCUCUGAUAGAAUUCGAAGAAUGUGCAGUUGAUCGUGAUCAGGAAAAUGAUUUCAUAGAUUCGAAUCUGCCUAAAAAAUUAGUCAAUAUAGAGACUUUGAAUAUUGAUGAUCCAUCUAGUGAAGCAGUGGAAUUCAGAGAGCCUCAUAUUAUCUCUCCAAAGCAGAUGAAAGAUUCCUGUGGGGUUAACUCAGUUGUAAUUGACCCUGUUGAGGAAAUCACUACACAGUGUGAUCUGGAAGCUCAAAAGAGAAUAAUUGUGAUAGGAGCUGGUCCUGCUGGCCUAACUGCAGCUCGUCAUUUGCAACGCCAAGGUUUCUCUGUUACGGUGCUUGAGGCUCGUGAGAGGUUGGGAGGUCGUGUUUAUACAGAUAGAUCAUCUCUAUCAGUUCCUGUUGAUCUUGGAGCUAGCAUCAUUACAGGUGUGGAGGCUGAUGUUGCAACCGAGAGGAGACCAGACCCGUCCUCAUUGAUUUGUUCCCAGUUAGGACUUGAACUGACUGUUUUGAAUAGCGACUGCCCACUCUAUGAUAUUGUGUUGGGUGAGAAAGUUCAAGCUGAUUUAGAUGAAGCUCUUGAAGCUGAGUAUAAUAGUCUUCUUGAUGACAUGGUUGUACUUGUUGCUCAGAAGGGCGAUCGUGCGAUGAAAAUGUCUCUCGAGGAUGGAUUGGAAUAUGCCCUUAAGAGGCGCCGUACAGCUCGGUCAAUAUCAGAUGCUGAAGACCGGAUUCUCGCUACAUCUGAAGGUGGCUUUCGGACUAGAGUCAAUGGUACUUCGGAGGAUGUUUCAUGCAGGACUGACUUUAACGAGGAAAUUCUGAGCCCUCUUGAGAGGAGAGUGAUGGACUGGCACUUUGCACACUUGGAAUAUGGUUGUGCUGCUUCACUAAAAGAGGUGUCUCUUCCUUACUGGAAUCAGGAUGAUAUUUAUGGAGGAUUUGGUGGGGCCCACUGUAUGAUCAAAGGGGGUUACAGCAAUGUUGUUGAAUCUUUAGGAGAUGGGAUCCAGAUACACCUGAACAAUGUGGUUACGGAAAUCUCAUAUAGCACUGCAGAAACAGGAGGGCAACGCAGAAGUGUCAAGGUUUCCACAAGCACUGGUAAUGAGUUUGUAGCAGAAGCAGUUCUUAUUACUGUUCCGCUGGGUUGCUUGAAGGCGGAGACUAUAAAAUUUUCUCCUGCUCUACCUGAGUGGAAAUCUUCGUCGAUCCAGCGUCUUGGCUUUGGUGUUCUGAACAAAGUUGUUUUGGAAUUUCCUGAAGUGUUUUGGGAUGAUUCAGUAGACUACUUUGGAGCAACUGCUGAGGAAACUGGACAAAGGGGCCAGUGCUUUAUGUUUUGGAAUGUCAAGAAAACAGCGGGAGCUCCAAUUCUUAUAGCCCUUGUGGUGGGGCAGGCAGCCAUUGAUGGCCAAAGUGUAAGCUCCUCGUACCAUGUGGGCCAUGCGUUAAGUGUUCUUCGUAAACUAUUCGGCGAAGCUUCGGUACCUGAGCCAGUUGCAUCAGUAGUUACAAAUUGGGGCAAUGAUCCUUUCAGCCGAGGGGCUUACUCUUAUGUUGCUGUUGGGUCAUCGGGGGAGGAUUAUGAUAUUCUUGGUAGACCUGUUGAGAACUGUUUAUUUUUUGCUGGUGAAGCUACCUGCAAGGAGCACCCGGACACUGUUGGUGGUGCAAUGAUGAGCGGUCUUCGAGAAGCAGUUCGAAUAAUUGACAUCCUUAAUACUGGCAGUGAUUAUACAGCUGAAGUUGAAGCGAUGGAGUCUGCGCAAGAACAGUCAGAUGGUGAAAGAAACGAAGUGAGGGACAUAUUGAAGAGACUCGAGGCAGUUGAAUUCUCAAAUGUACUGUACAAGAAUUCUUCGGAUAGACGCCAAAUGUUGUCUAAGAAGGUAUUGUUGCGGGACAUGUUCAAUCAUGCAAAGACUACUGCCGGUCGACUACAUUUGGCUAAAGAGUUGCUAAAUCUUCCAAUCGAAUCUCUUAAGUGUUUUGCGGGCACAAAAGAUGGACUUGGCAUCCUCAACUCAUGGAUUUUGGAUUCAAUGGGAAAAGAUGGGACUCAACUCCUGCGUCACUGUGUUCGUCUCCUUGUGCUUGUGUCAACCGAUCUGCUUGCUGUUCGUCUAUCAGGUAUAGGAAAAACUAUAAAGGAGAAAGUUUGCGUACAUACUAGUCGUGACAUCCGAGCUGUGGCAAGUCAGUUGGUGAGCGUCUGGGUUGAAGUCUUCCGCAAGGGGAAAACUUCUAAUGGUAGAUUAAAGUUGUUAAGGCAGACAGCUGCAUCCGAUUCAUUGAAGGCUAAAUUAUCUAAGGACACACCUUCAGGGAAGCUGUUACGCAUGACUCGGGGUUCAACUUCCCCAGGGGACAUUUCACCAUCUGAUGUAAACAAUAAGAAGGCAAACUCUAAGCUAGUCAAACUGGAUGCUGUUACCGACUCGAAGUCUGAAGUCAACUCGCUACGAUCCCAAGGCACUGCAGUCAGCCUGGAUUCUAAGGUGGAGGAUGACAUUGUUUUAAUGUCAGAAGAAGAGCAAGCUGCGUUUGCUGCUGCUGAAGCAGCUCGAGCUGCUGCUCUUGCAGCUGCACAGGCAUAUGCCUCUUCAGAAGCGGUUUGCAGCUCACUGCGCGAGCUUCCUAAGAUACCAUCAUUUCACAAGUUUGCUAGAAGAGAACAAUAUGCACAAAUGGAUGAUGUUGAUUUUAGAAAAAGGUGGCCAGGGGGCGCUUUGGGAAGACAAGAUUGUAUAUCAGAGAUAGACUCUAGGAACUGCAGAGUUAGAGAUUGGUCAGUUGAUUUCUCCGCUGCCUGUGUCAAUCCUGACAGUUCGAGAAUGUCCGGCGAUAACUAUACCCAACACGGCUAUUCGAAUGAGGAUCCUCACCAAGUGGACAUGAAAGAGCAUUCAGGAGAAAGUGCGGCCAAUGACAAUAGAUUAACACAAGCUUGGGUUGACAGUGCUGGAUAUGGAGGGGUGAAGGACUAUCAUGACAUUGAGAGAUGGCAAUUCCAAGCCGCAGCAGUCAGUUCUGAUUUCUAUCAUCCAAUGAUGGACGCAAGGGACGAAGAGGAUUCAAACACAACAAUGAAUGUACACAACCAGAAGCAUGAGAAGAGGGUAGAAGAAAGUUCCGUUUCUCAAUCUGCCGCAAACAACCUGAUGUUUGAUAAACACCCAAGAGGGGCGGAGCGUAUUAAAAAGGCCGUUGUGGAUUACGUAGGAUCACUGCUCAUGCCUUUAUACAAAGCUAGGAAGAUUGAUAAGGAAGGAUACAAGUCAAUAAUGAAGAAAAGUUCGACAAAGGUCAUGGAGCAGACCACCGAUGCAGAAAAAUCCAUGAGCAUAUCUGUGUUUCUCGACUACAAGCGGAAGAAUAAGAUACGUUCUUUUGUGGACAAGUUGAUAGAGAAGCAUAUGGCCUUGAACCCAGUUGACAAACCAUGAGGUUGCUGUUGAUUGUUUGGUGAUGAUGACCAUUACCCCUGGCCCUUCCUCAGACACAUGAAGAAAUGUGUGCUUGGGUUGUUCUUGUGUAGUUUGACCACAUUUUGAAUCAGGGUAUGGCAUGAUGAAUGACAUCUUUGAUAUGGGAAGGAUGUACAGAAGCAUUACCCCAGCUGCCAUCAACUGUUGGCAGCGGAGAUCACUGGGUUCAGUGGAAAAGUAAGUUUGAUGCUUGGUUUGCUGAACUUCAGGACCAGGGCAAGUCAUUCUGAAGAGUCUAUCUCUGAUGAUCUCAAAGCAUCACUUUGUGCCAGUUUCUUCACUUGUGGAAAUUGCUUAAAAUUUUGGUGGAUCGACCAAUUGUACAAAAUCUUGAAAGCCACCAGAUUUUGGGCGUGGCAUAGGUGAUAUCAACCAAGGAGUUUCCUGCAAAUGAUCACAAAAGCAAGUGUUGGGAGUACACUGUUCCUGGUCACAAAAAAUUGGACACCUCCCAUCCAUAUUGUAUUCUUGCUUUUUACUAGGUUAGCAAAUUUCCCAUUUUUUUGUUUUGGGGAUCACCAUUAUAAUGGUUCAGCAAUUAGCUUUCAAUUCUUCCCCUUAUCAACUUUUGUACAGUUUGACCACAAUCAGCUAAUAUAAAAUGUCUAUUUCUCCGCCCUUCAGCUGACAA